CUCGUAGCCACCGAUCGCGACCCUUGGCACCCACUCAGCGACGGAAGCCGGACCCCCGGUACUGGAAGCCUGGCUGCCGCAGUGGAGACAGCCUCAGGACGCCAAGCCCUGGUGGUGGGCAAACCCAGCCCCUACAUGUUCCAGUGCAUCACCGAAGACUUCAGCGUGGACCCUGCCCGCACACUGAUGGUGGGUGAUCGUCUGGAGACCGACAUCCUCUUUGGCCACCGCUGUGGCAUGACCACCGUGCUCACACUCACAGGGGUGUCACGCCUCGAAGAAGCCCAGGCUUAUCUGGCAGCUGGUCAGCAUGACCUUGUGCCUCACUACUAUGUGGAGAGCAUUUCAGACUUGAUGGAGGGGCUGGAGGACUGAGCCCACCUCCCCCACUCCCUGAUCCCAUAGAUGGAGCCUCCAGGCCAUGAGUCACAUUCAGCACCAUGAGCACCCUGGCACAGGUGUCUGUACCCCAGUAAAGGGAAGCUAGGAUCCAGGAAGGUUUGUGGGCUCUCAUACCCCUCCUAGCAAUGGCUGGACACUGCUGUUCAGAAGCUGCCCCCCACAUCUUGAAGGUUCAUCCUGGCCUGACCCCACCAGGUGGCCUUAUUUCUUGCCCUAUCACCUCCCCUUCUUGAACUGUAUAUGGGCCCUGAAGCCAAAUGAAAAUAUUCUCCAACCCUGAGUACUUAAGCUCCUCCCCUCUUCUGGGACCUCUAGUGCUCUGUCUGAGGUCCUUGUUGACCAAUCAGAGGACUAGGGAACUCCAGCCCCAUUCUUGGCCUAAAUAGGCCUAUGGAAGGGAAAGCUACCAGUAGUGACCAGUAUGUUUAUGUCUCACAGUGGACCAAGUAUCCUGGAGCCCCGAAGCAUCACUCACAAGGCUAAGGGACACUGAUCUCUGGAUGUCCAUCAGGACCAUAACAAUCCACUGGCUUCUUAGAUCCCAAAUACAGCAAUUUACAAGUCCAAGACACAGUGGCUUUUUGACAAUCCUGGGCUGACUGGAUCAGCCAAGGGAGCAGGUUCUAGCAGGGUAGGGUGAUGAAUGCCUGUACUUUCAGCACUUUGGAGGCUGAGGCAGGAGGAUUGCUCUGAUUUUGGUGACCUGGGUUGAAGAGUGAGACCUCAUCUCAAAAAGACCAACUUCAAAGUCAAGUUUCUCCAGGAACUGAUUGGUGGAAUGGCAAGGCUCCCACCAUAAUACUGUCCAGUGUUGAUGGUUGCCACAGCUUGAAAGGGGGCCCUUAUGCCCCACCCAUUGCAUUCAGAGUUUGCUAUGCCACCUCUCUAGAUGCCCAUGCCCAGCUAUUUAUUUAUUUAUUUGUUUGUUUGUUUGUUGUGUGCCAGUGAUGGUGGGGGCAGGGCAGAAUCUUCCCGCCACCUCCACCCUUGUUGUAACCAGUCUUUGAACUUAAUAAAAUGUGAGUGGGAGUU